AUGAGAUCUUUUGCAAGAGCAUUGCGCCCUGCGGUGCGAAGGAGUGUUGCUGUAUCCUCUCCCAGGAUACGGCAGCCGUUUGUUGCCCAAUGCGCUCGCCCUCUUUCCACAACUGCGCCCCUGCGCGACCCCAACCUUGCUGAUGUUGCCCCGACACCUAUCACGCAUUUCUCCGAGGUCGAGACGGCGAUGGCCGAGACGGUGCAGAAGUUCGCCAACGAUGUCAUUCUGCCCAAGGUCCGGGAUAUGGACGAGGCGGAACAGAUGGACCCGACAGUCGUGGAACAACUGUUCGAGCAGGGUUUGAUGGGAAUCGAAAUCCCUGAAGAUUACGGAGGUGCAGGCAUGAACUUUACCGCCGCCAUCGUUGGCAUCGAGGAGCUCGCCCGUGUCGACCCCUCAGUGUCGGUCAUGGUGGAUGUGCACAACACACUGGUCAACACGGCCGUGAUCAAGUGGGGCAGUGAGUCGCUGAAGAAGAAAUACCUCCCGCGCCUUGCGACCAACACCGUGGGGUCUUUCUGCUUGUCAGAGCCCGUCAGUGGCUCUGAUGCGUUUGCCCUGGCGACGAAGGCCACCGAGACGGAGAGCGGGUUCAAGAUCAGCGGCAGCAAAAUGUGGAUCACGAACAGCAUGGAGGCCGAGUUCUUCAUUGUAUUUGCCAACCUCGACCCCAGCAAGGGCUACCGUGGGAUCACCGCCUUCAUUGUCGACAAGGACACGAAGGGCUUCAGCAUCGCCAAAAAGGAGAAGAAGCUGGGCAUCAAGGCGAGCAGUACUUGCGUGCUCAACUUUGAUGAUGUCGAGGUACCUAAGGAGAACCUGCUCGGCGAGCGGGGCCAAGGGUAUAAGUAUGCCAUCUCCCUGUUGAACGAGGGCCGCAUCGGCAUUGGCGCCCAAAUGACAGGCCUCGCUCUCGGUGCUUGGGAGAAUGCUGUCAAGUACGUAUGGAACGACCGGAAGCAGUUCGGCCAGCUGGUAGGCGAGUUCCAGGGCAUGCAGCACCAGAUCGCACAGUCUUACACUGAGAUUACCGCGGCUCGCGCGCUGGUGUACAAUGCUGCCCGCAAGAAGGAGGCUGGCGAGAACUUCGUUAUGGACGCGGCUAUGGCCAAGCUAUAUGCUUCGCAGGUGGCUGGGCGUGUGAGUGGUCUGGCAGUUGAGUGGAUGGGAGGGAUGGGUUUCGUGCGCGAGGGUCUGGCAGAGAAGUUUUGGCGCGAUAGCAAGAUCGGCGCCAUUUACGAGGGCACGAGCAACAUCCAACUCAACACCAUUGCCAAGACGCUGCAGAAGGAUUACACGGUUUAA